CAGGUGACGGCUGUGACUGUUAGUCUGCUCUCCAGCACACGGAUCUGUAAGUUCAUCUGAGGUUUCAAAAUGUACGGAAACAACCAAGGGAACCAGUACCCUCCUGGUUACCCAAACCAUCCUCAGCAGAUGCCAGGGGGAUACCCUCAACAUCCUCCAGGCACUGCUCCACCAAUGAACUACCCUUCUCAGCCUCACGGUCCAUACGGAGGCCAACACGGACCCGGACCUGGUUAUGGUCCCGGCCAAGGACAUGGACAGGGACAGGGCCAUGGACAGUUCCAAGGACAGGGCCAUGGGCAGUUCCAAGGACAGGGCCAUGGUCAGUGCCACGGACAGGGCCAUGGACAGGAGCAUGGUCAGUGCCACGGACAUGGCCACGGACAUGGCCACGGACAUGGCCAUGGACAGGAGCACGGACAGGGGCAUGGGCAAUGCCAUGGACAUGGGCACAAGCACAAGCACAAUAAUGGUCACAAGCAUGGCAAGUGUCACAAGAAAGGAAAGGACUGUCACGGGGCCUCCAGCAGCUCCUGCAGCAGCGACUCUGACUAGAUGAAGACUCCUGAAUCGGAAGAAAAACAAGACCUUGAAACCUUCAUC